AAUUGUUAAAUUCGUUUCGUGAAGACAGGCAUCUUUAGAAGUCGGCGAUUUAAUUGUUGCAUAUUCAGGAUUUACCUAAAAAAAAAAAAAUCAGAAAAAUAAAUUCAGCAUUUAACUCAACUAAAAAAAAGUUAAUUAAAUAAUUAAUUAUCCAAAAAAAUAAUUUCCUCAAAGCAGCGAAUCUUCUAUGUUGCUGUGUUAAACUGCAGAAAAAGGAGAAGAGUUCUUGCGUCUAAGAGCUUAUAUCAAUCAAAUAGUUAAUAAAAAAAAAGGUUUGUGUUUGUGUUUGUGAAUAUUGUUUAAACAUUAUUUCUUAUAUAUUGUGUUUGUCUAUAUGUGGUACAGUUUUGCAAACUUCCAUAAGAAGAAAUAAUGAAUUUUUCGAUUAACUGUUCGCAAAAAAAAGUUUUUUAAAUAUUUCUUAUAUAUUGUGUUUGUCUAUUUGUGGUACAGUUCUUCAAACUUCCAUAAGAAGAAAUAAUGAAUUUUAAAGAAAUCGAAUAACUGUUUCGAUUAACUGUGCGCAAAAAAAAAAAAAAAAUUUUUUAAUAUACAUACAUAUACGGUCAAGGAAAAAAAAAAUAGAAUAAUAAAAGAGAACUUGCGAAAUAAAAGGUGAUUCACAUCGCGUACACCCAUUUUGACAAGUUUUUUUUUAAUUGCUUUCAAUUUGUUUUCUUGUUGCAAAAGGAAUUUUGCCAGAAAACAUGCAAAAUUUAUCAAAAAAAAAUUUUUAAUAAAAUUUAUUAGGAAAUAUAGGUGAAAAUAUAGAAAAAAAGAUUGUCAAAAGAGGGAUUGCCGACAAAAGAAAAAAGGAAACGAAAAACUUAACGAACGUAAAAAAUUGUAACGAACGAUUUGCUGCGCAGGAUUUGAGAGACGCUAAUAACUUUAAACAAAGAGAAAUAUAGAUAUAUAUAGAGAAAAAAAAAAGAGAGAAGGAUUUAAAUAUUGUGCAGGUAAAAGAACAGAAGAAGGCUACAAAUCAAUUAAAGUUUUUCAGUGCGUGCAUAACCUGAAAAUGGAUCACGAGGAUACACUUGAAUAUAUCCAAAAUAAUUCGCAAUAUUAUAGAAAUAUGGAGAAUAGAAAUAUGCCGCAGCAAUUAAAUGUUGCCGGCUGUGGGGCUGACGGAGUUAGCGAUGUCGGUGGUAAGUACGAAGACAUCGAAGAGCAUGAUGCCGGUGAUGACAAUGAGUGGAAAUACGUUACAGAGGUGCAGCAGAGCGAAAAGCAGCAAUCUUUAAAAGUUUUCGGUAGCGAUGAUUUAGCAGAAAAAGUUAAUGCUGCUUCAAGCCCACAUUUGUUUGGCAAUAGUGAUGACAGCGAUGGUAUUGUCGAUGCCGGUAACAAUUUUGUAUUUGGCAAUGGCAACGCAAAUGGCGUCAACGUCGACACCUACGAAACGCAGCAGGCGUACGAAAAUGAGGAAGAUAUGAUGAUGGGUAAUGGUGUGUCGUCUUCUUUGGGUGUGUACGAUGAGAAACCCUUGGCUUCGGACGUUGACGUGGAAAUUUUUACAAACGAUGGUGAAUUUUCAACCACAUCUAACGUGACUGAUUCUGUGCAAGAUAAUGUGCCACAGGUUGAUGUUAAAAUUGAAGCAUCUUUGCAAGAUUAUUCGCAGCAGCCAGAUUUAGCUGAAGAAGAAGAGCCCAGUACUACAAAUGGCACCAGCAGCCUUAGCGAAAAUCCACAGCAACCACUGGCGGAACAAUUAAAUACAUAUGAUACGAUGUCGGCCCUAGAGGAUAAAGAAAACGCCGAUCCUUCGACAAAGAGAUUGUCAGUUGGUGAGCGUAUUUCUCCUCCUCAACUGCUUUCACUCGAACAAAACGCAUCACAACUUAAUCCAGAUGCCAAAGAAUUUGUUCCUAAUUUUGGUUCUAAUCCAGCUUCACCCACUUCACCUUUGUCUGGAGCAAAUCAAAUAGUUUUUGGUCUACAUUCAUUUGGGACCAUUACACCUCGUCAACUAAUAGUUGAUGAUGAUUUCGUUGCCGCAAGUCCACGCAAAACUGCCGAUAUGAAUAUGGACGCCAUAUCCCCGCCUAUAGAAUUAGCCGAGUUCAAACAAGAAGCUGCUCAACGCCCUCAUGAACUCGAACAAGAUGAUAACGAAAUUAACGAUGAUAGCAUGUCCGAUGAAGGAGAUCAGCAACUACCCUUUGAUAAUCCAAAGGCGAUCUCGUCACCUUUUGAUUUGAUUGACGAUGGUCCAGAAACCUGUGUUGAUCUUGAAAUUAACACCGAUUCGAAACCAUUUGAUGAACUGAGUGAAGUUCCUCAACAAAUGGACGAUGAUGUUAUGAAACGUUCUGUGUAUGUGGUGAACAGUGACCAGCGCAUAGAAGAUAUUUUGAAUUCUGUUCAACCAUUACCAACUGACACUGAAAGUUCCAAUAAUUCGUUCAUUGAAGAAAAUGCAACGGAGACCAUUAAUGUAGGGGAUAAGGAAUUAUUACAAAUUGAAGAGAAAGAGCAUGUGUCGCAUUCGCCCUCUACUGAGGAAAUGCAUAUAAAUAUUAUUACUGGCGAAGGCAAGGCAAUCGAUGACGGUCACAAAGUGGCGGAUAUCAGUAAUGUUGUUGUCACUUUGCCAGAAAACAUUAACGUGGAAAAUGAUAGUUUAAAGGAAUCAGAUGAAUUGCUAUCAGUAUUAUCCAAGACAAAUCUACCAAUUAGCAUCGAAAAUGCUUUCGUAAGCAACAAUGAUUUUAUGACUGAAAUAGUUGACGAAUGUAUCACACCGACUAAGUGUAAUGAAUUGGAAAAUGAGAAGAUAAUAAUCGCUAAGUGUAAUGAAUUGGAAAAUGAGAAGACUACAGUCGUUUGCGAAGAUAAUUUAAACGUGCAAGAAAUGGUUAGCAGCAGUCCAUUAUCAUUAGCCCAAGAGAAACAUUUAGUCGAAGAAACUAAAGAAUCCCAAGCGAUAAUGGAAAUGGAAAAUGAGAUGGCGGCUCUUACGCAGCAAAUGACUGAGAUGAUUUUAAUUCCAAGCAACGAUGGCCACUUUUCGGAGGAGAAGGAAGUUGAAACUUUAAAGACAACUGCCAUCGAUGUAGAAUAUCAAUCUCAAAUGGAUGCUGAUAUCGUUGAGCAACAAUUCGAAGAAAAAUUGUUGUCAUAUGAGAAUGAACCGUUAGACGAAAUUAGAGGAGAAUACGAUCAAGAAGCUGCUACUACUGCUAUCAAUAAAAUGGAAUCCUCAUAUAAUGAGAAGCCGUUGCAAGCCAUGACCCCAAGUCCCCAAUUGAGUUUUAGCAAUGAGCAGCGAGCAGCAAGUGAAGAAGUCAUGGAAGUCAUAUCUAAUUUAGAUAAUCAAUUAAUUUCGGUAGAAGAACGCAUUUGCGAACUGGCGGAUAAUGUCGAUAUUGAGUUGGCUCGCGAGGCACCAGAAUGUGAUGCAACUGAUAAGAUAAAUCAUUUUUCGAAUGAAAAAUCUUUUGAAGAACCACUGUUGGAACCAGAAAUUCAUAAACCCGAAAUGUUAAUCAAUAAUUUCGUGGAAAAUGAUAAAUCGGUUGAGUUAUUACAAGACGAUUCUAACGUAUUGACAGACCUUAUAACGAAAGAACCGGUCUUAGAAGAGCAGCGCGUCGUGGUGGAAGAGCCUAUAGUACCAGAGAGCAAAUUAGAAGAACAAAUUUCGGCCAAACAACCUAUAGAGGAUGCAAGUGAUCUAGCUACUACCGUAGCUCCUAUCGCUGUCGCAGCAGCAGCAGCAGCAGCAGCAGCAGCAGCAGUGGCCGCUUCUAAAAAAGUUCCCGCUAAUAAAACGCAAGCAAUUAAAAAAUCGACUGGAAAGGGGCAAACCAUCACGACUGCUCCAGCCAAAUUGAAAGUUGCCUCUACCGUGGCCACUAAGAAGCCGGACGCUGUUAAGCAACCAAUAACUGCAAGUAAAACAACAACAUCGGCUGUGAGCGCCAAGGCAAAACCAAUAGCCGCAGCAACCCGUAAACCAGCUGCAAGCGGUGUAACAACAACAAAUGAAGUAAAAUUAGCCACAAAAUCUCUGGCAGCAAGUGGUGCUACUACUGCUCGCCCACUUUCGAAGACAACGAACGCUGCUCCAGCUCGUAAAUUGCCUGCGGUAGGCGGCAGUAGUGUAGCGACGUUGAAACCACGUCCGGCCUCAGCGCCCGCAAAACCAACGUUGGGUUUGCCAGCGAUUAAAACCAAAGCGCCUUCUCCACGUUCGCAAAUUCGGAAGACAACGUCGACUAUCGCGCCGUCGACGGUAGGCAAAAGUGCUGCGAAAUUAUCAACUACAACAGUUACAAGCAAUUCUGGUGGCAAUCUUAAAACGACAACUACCGUAACAACUACGCGAACAAAAUCCACCGGUACAAGUGGUGGUUCAUCAACUGGUUCUCCUACCGGUAAAACUUUCACUGCGCGUCCAGCGCCGAAAUUCACCAAUACGGUAACAACAACCACAACAACAAGUACCAAACGUCACGCACUGACUAACAGCACAGCCGCCGCAACUGGUAAUAACUUAACUGCUAAGACUAGCACAGCACCUAUACGUAAGCCUUCGCCUGCAAAAUCGACUUCACAAACUACCACUAAGACUCCAACUAAGACUUCGGGAGCAGUUGGCGUAGGACAAAAAGCCAAGACUGCUUCCAAUAAAAUAACACCUAAUAAGACUGUUAAUAACAACACUACUCCUAAACCAAUAAGGAAACCACAAGGGGCAUCUAAGGCUGAUGACAAUCAAGCGAUACAAAUUCAAGAUAAAUUGUUAAUAAAUGGUGCUGAUGAUGAGAAGCAUACUCCUCUACCAAAUGGCGACGACAAGGAACUAACUAAUGCCGCACAAUCUGCAAUGAAUAGCGGUGAUGGUUUCAUCAAUUUAAAACCAGAAUCAUCGACUCCAGUGGAUGCUUAAUUGCAUUGAUUAUCCAUUAUUUUUAUGAUAGUGGGAUGGGUUAUAAACAAACUCCUACAUUUUUUCACUUUAUAAAUUAAGAAAAAUCGAAAGCAGCAGUAAUUCGUAAACGAACAGAGAAGAGAUUUUUUGGUUAAUUUUUUUGUUUUUUUUUUUGUUUUUUUUUUGUUUAUUUUGUUUUUUAAUUUUUUUUUUUUUUUUUGUUUUAUUACUACACGCCAACGGAUGAUAAAAGUAAUUUGAAGACUAAAAUUUUUAAAAUGCAUACAUUUGCAUGCGUACAUAUAUACAGAAGCAAUUUAUGAAACUAUUUUUUUAAAAGCGUCUUUUAUAUAGAAAGUUAUUAUAUUAACGAAUCUCUCUAUCUCUGAAUAUGAAAAAGUAAAAAAAAAAAAAAACAAAUAAAUAAAAAUAAAAAAAAAAAAUGAAAAAAAAAAGAAUAUUUUAUCCGAUUUUUUUUUUUUUUUUUUUUUUUUUUCAAAUUGAAAUAGUUUGUAGUAUUACUUAAUCACAUUUAAAAACAAACUCUAAUCAUGAUUUGUGCUAAUUUCUACAAAUGGGAAAUUAAUAGCAAACAAUUCCUAUGAAAAGAAAAAAAGAAAAAAAAAAAAAAA